ACACACACAGCAGUACUGAAAUUGGAACACUGCGGCACAGAGAGAGACGGAAAGAGAGCAGGGACAAAGAACAACAAAGACAAAAAGAGAAGAAAUCUAUAUUAAAAUAUCCUGUUGGACAUUUCCCUUUCAUUUUCCUCUCUGGAACUCCCAUGUGUAUUUAUUACCCUUUCACUUUUGACUGAAAAAAGUUGGACCUUUGGCUCACUUUUGUGCUCUCUCGCUCCCUUUCUCUCUUUCUUUCUUGCCUGGGCAUCAAGAAACAAAUUGAGAAAUUGUUUCUUUUUUCUUUUCUUUUGUUUUGUCUUUUCACCAGAGAUACACUGGAAGAUUGACUCUGGUACAGCAGACCUCUUUCACUCAAUUACACUUUUUCUAAUUCUUUUUCUUCACUUUAGACUUUUUUUUCUCUGUCAUUUUUCUCUUAGUGUUUCUUGAUCUUUUUAUAUUCACUCUCCUGACUGCCAUUGCGUUUCUCUGUGCCCUGACUUUGCUGAUUAGGUCAAUGCUACUCUUCACAUUUGGACUAAAUUAAUCUUCUACUACACUUUUGACCCUUGGUGACCCUGUGUGUAGGUGAAGAUGUCUGCCUGUGCUAAGCACUGUAAACAUGGACUGGUGAAGUUUGCAGUAUCCGUGCACAAACUGGUGACAGGGACGCUCAUCAAAGAUAAGGUGGAUGAUGAUUUGGAGAUGACAAUGGUGUGUCAUCGUCCAGAGGGUUUGGAUCAGCUGGAAGCUCAGACCAACUUCAGCAAGAGAGAACUGCAAGAGCUCUACAGAGGGUUUAAAAAUGAAUGCCCUAGUGGGGUUGUUAAUGAAGAGACAUUUAAACAGAUUUACUCACAGUUCUUUCCUCAGGGGGAUGCCAGUACAUAUGCUCACUACCUGUUUAAUGCCUUCGACUCUGGCCACAACGGCUCCAUCAAGUUCGAGGACUUUGUUACAGCUCUGUCCAUCUUGUUAAGAGGUUCUACACAGGAGAAGUUGCAGUGGACUUUCAAUCUGUAUGACAUCAACAGAGAUGGCUACAUUAACAAGGAGGAGAUGAUGGACAUUGUGAGCGCUAUUUAUGACAUGAUGGGGAAAUAUACGUACCCUGCUCUGAAGAUAGACACACCCAAACAGCAUGUGGAUGCUUUCUUUCAGAAAAUGGACAAAAACAGAGAUGGAGUCGUCACUCUUGAUGAAUUCAUUCUAUCCUGUCAAGAGGAUGACAACAUCAUGAGAUCUUUGCAGCUCUUUGAAAAUGUGAUCUAAAAGGAGUGCAGGAUUGAAGGAGGAGACACAGACAGAAAGCAAAGUAAAGAAGACUGAAUUUUUCAGGAAAGUUUACAGCUACUAUGUUCAAAAAGGAGAGUGAGAAGAAGAUACACCAUCUCGUGCCCUUCAUAUAACCAUGGAAAUCUGUAGCUUCCUGUAGCUGGACAUCUGUUCUACACUGCUAUGUGCAUAGCAACACUAUGUGCUUAGCAUGGUAAUAUUUUUUUUUUGGAUUGUUGUCCAGCAAAACUGAUCCAUAACCUUUUGAAACCAGCCUUGUUCUUGUUUCUCUUCAUAGCCACAUGUGCUCCACAUGUUUCAAGCUUGCAAAUUUGCAACAUUUGCCAAUUCGUAUGAAAAGUUACAGAGGUUAAAGUUAGGUGUAGGUUAAAGUCGUAGCUUUUCAUACGACUUUGGUUUUUCCUUAUAAAUGGAAAAAAAUAUUACCAGAUUGUCAUUUCUUGUUGUUUUAUGAGAUCAGGCUCAUGCGCUUUAUGUUCCAGCUGAUCAGUUAACACUUAAAAUGGAGUGCUUUGUUCAGUUUAUUUAUAUAUGUACUGGUUCUCUGAUGUUUGUGAAUAUUACACUGUUGGAAAGCACAGUCUAAUGACCUAUUUAUUAAUGUUGUAGAAAAUAAGGAGAUGGAUAAAUAAGUGAAACUCAACCAAAGGAUGACUAAGGCAUCAGUGCUUGUAAAUGGUUAGAGGAAAGAGUUAAAAUAUUAUUGUAAUUGUUGCUCGAUGCUCUUCCACAUAGAACCAGCCUACACAACCAAAUGGACAGGCUAGAUUAAAGUUGUGAAAGAUGUAGUAAAUUUAAAUCUAAAUGCAAAGGCUUCCUGAUUAUAAUGUAUCUUAACAUUUUAAUACUCUACAGCAUAGCGAUUGCUUAACCCUACAACAGUUUCUAUAUCAGAGAGACUUUCCAUUCAGAAAAUAAUCCGUCAAUUAUCCAAAACCCUUAAGGAGAGUAAAGAGGCAAAUAUAAUUAUUAUAGCCUUAAAGCUUAAUACCAAGUACCAGAGUUUUUCAAUCAAACAUUAAAAAUAGCAAAGUAAAUUACAGGCCUGGUGUAACUGCUUAUAACCUAAAUAUUCUAUCUUCACUGUUUGUGACUGCUAUUCAGCUUUUUUCCUCUGCACCAAGCACAUGUUAUUAGCUUGGCACACGUUUUGUCAGCAGUCAGCGUGUUCUUGGAUGUUUCUCCCUAUUCUAUACCGUCUCAAAAAUAACUCUUGUAGUCUUGUGAAAAAGGAUUGCUGUUCGACGUUUCUGCACUGAUCCUUGCUCGAAAAUGCUGAACCUGGUCUGUCUGUGUUUAUCUGUGUGUAUUCGUGCUGCAGUGUGACUGUGUUAUUUAUGCAUUGGUGCUUGUUUAUUUGUCCAGACACGUUUGUCUCCAGAUUGGUCUGUCUAUCUGUCUGUCUGUCUAUCUAUCUGUCAUUGUGUUUGAUGUUCUCAGCAUGAGGGGAGGACAUUUUAUAAGGUGUCAUGUGAUAUUUGACAGACGGGUUUUGCAUCACUGUGUGCUUUUUAUACUGUUUGCCAUCACUACAUUACAUUGGUUGUGCUCAUAGUACAUGUUAUUUUAUUGCGAGAAAGCUGUGAAUUACCAAAAGUUGGUACUGUUUAAUAAGCAUAUAGCCAUAUAACCAUUUAUCCACACACUGUGAUAUGGAAGAGCAGAGAGCGAGAGAGAGAGAGAGAGAGAGAGAGAGAGAAGCUAAGAGAAGGUUACUUGGGAUAAGUAAGCCAUUAUUUAUGUUCAAGGCUGCUGAAUUUCAUAAACACAGCAAUCAUUCAAUAGGUACUGCAAAUGCAGCUAGUUCCUAGGAUACUGCUAGUAUAUAUAUAUAAAUUAAUAAAAAAUGGCAUUUAGUAAAAUAUAAAUAAUAAUGUAGCUAUAAUUACUUACUAUAUGCUUAGAGGCUUUCAGUAUUCAGUAUGAAAUAGCAGGAACAGCCACUUUAAAAAGAACACCUGUACACCUAUUCAUUCAUACAAUUAUCCAAUCAGCCAUUCAUGUGGCAGGACAAUCUCACCAAAAAUGAACAGAUGAAGAAUGAAAAGACAUUACCUUUUGUUUUUCCAUUGGUCAAUUGUCCAGUUUCGGUGAGCCCGUGCCCACUGCAACCUCAGAUUCCUGUUUUUGGCUCUCAGGAGUGGAACCUGAUGUGGUCUUCUGUUGUUGUAGCCCAUCUGCCUCAAGAUUUGACAUGUUUACUCUGUUUACAAACUCAGUAUUUUGUAAACUCUAUGACUGGAUUGUCUGAAAAUGCCAUGAGGUCAGCACUUUCCGAAAUACUCUUUCCGUUGGCACCAACAACCAUGCCAUUGUCAAAGACACUGAGAUCACAUUUUUCUCAUUCUGAUAUUUGAUGUGAACAUUAACUGACUCUUGACCUGUAUCUGCAUGGAUCUAUGCAUUAUGCUGCUGCCACAUAAUUAGCCAGUUGAUAAUUGCAUGAAUGGGCAAGAGUGCAGGUGUUCCUAAUAAAGUGGUGAGUGUAUAGGCUACAUCAGACUAGUUCUAAACAAAUGGCUAGAUCUAAAGUUAUGGUUAGGUAACAAUUACUGGUAUUUCAUACCCUAUUUUUAUUGCUAAUAAUGGAUUAUAUAUGAAGUCAAUCAUUUUGCCAAACACUGAAAGACUACUUUACUAGCAAAGAGUGCUAAAAAUGCAAUUAGCUAUCUAAUUAGGUUAAGGCAAGCAUGUUUCCAACUCAACCUAUUAAUUUUCAAAUGAUUUGUAGAAAGCCAUGAUUUUGUAUGGAACUAAAAGUAUGACAAACCUCCACAAGUGUAAUGCAGAUUUUGUAACUGUAAUUUUCGAUUUGUAAUUGUGAGUUCUACAUGCAAUUUUUUUUCUUUUCUUUUUUUUUUAAUAAUUGGAGUUCAGCAUUGCUACAUGUCUGUCAUUAAAAGCAGUCUUGUUUUUAAUUUGUUAGGAACAAUGACCUCUACACUUACAAAGAGUGGUUUGGGUUUUUCCUUGCUAACCUGUAUUUGCAGGUUUUUAUUAGAGACCUGGCAGAGUACAGCAGCUGGACUCACAUGGCCAGAUGCCCUCUGGUGGUCAUUUGCAGUCAUUUUAGUUUAAUUUGCAAAAUAUCCUGAUUUGCAAUUAGUAUUUUGUACUAUUACAAAUAGUGACUUACAGACUGAAAAAUCUAAUUACAAAAUGUUCUCUACACAUUUGUGGACUUUUGUCAGAAUUUAAUCUCAGUUUUACUUUAACUGAACUUUUCAUAAUCUGUAAUUUAAUCUCCUCAAUUCUGUAGUGAAUUUGGACCUGGUCCAGACAUUGUGCCUGGACUGUGUUGAGGCAACCAAACUGGAAACUACCAAAACCUGAUGUAUCUUAUGUAUGUGAUGAUAAAGAUGUUUUCUUUGAGAAAAACUGCACAGUACUCAUGCAGCCAUAUGUAUCUCUACUCACUGUGAUGAGAAUCAGCAGCGAGAGGAAGAGGAAGCACCUCUUACACCAUGCACCAUAUGCACCUCUCCAUGCAUUAUUUUCAUAUUCAGUAUUGUGGAUUAUAAUUUAUGCACAACUGAUGCAACAAUCAGUUGCUGGGCUUAGCUGUUUUUCUGAAACCAUUUUUUUUCAUUGUACAGCAAGCUGAAGCAAACAGACAGAUGGACAGACAGACAAACAGACAGACAGAGAAGCAGGCAGACAGAGACAGGAAACACUUUCUUGUUG